CUAAGAAACCACGCAUCUUUUCUAACUUCCAAUUUCCAAUAAGGAUAUUCUGUGAAACAACUUUUCACUACUCUUUUCUUUAGCUCAAACCUCCAUAUUUAUUGUUAUAUCCAAAUUAUUAUAUUUCUUUUCUUUUAAUUUUUUAUUCUUCGAUUUCUCUGCCAAAUCUCUCCUUAUAUACGGCUCUGCCUUCAGUUUUACACACAUCAUUCAUCUCAAUCUCUCUCUCUUUCUCGCUUUCUCUCAUUGCAGUUUUCUAUUCCUCUCUUAAUUUGUUCUCUUUGUGACGUGUUUGGAGUCGAGGAAAAUGGAUACCAAAACUAUUUCUUGCUCGAAUGGAACCAACAAUGGGAAUGGAGUGGAUGUAAAAAGCUAUGCACUUAAUGGUUACAGGAAGAGUUGUUGGUAUGAAGAAGAAAUUGAAGAAGAUUUGAGAUGGUGCUUUGCUCUCAAUAGCAUUUUACAUACUGGACAUUCACAGUUUCAAGAUAUUGCAUUGUUGGACACAAAACCCUUUGGCAAGGCUCUGGUCAUUGAUGGAAAGCUGCAAAGUGCAGAGACUGAUGAGUUCAUCUACCAUGAGUGUCUUGUUCAUCCUGCUCUUCUUCAUCAUCCCAAUCCAAAGACUAUCUUUAUCAUGGGAGGGGGUGAAGGGUCCACUGCUAGGGAACUUCUAAGGCACAAGGCUGUGGAGAAGGUUAUCAUGUGUGACAUUGAUGAGGAAGUGGUGCAGUUCUGUAAAUCAUACUUGGUAGUCAAUAGAGAAGCAUUCUGUGAUCCAAGACUUGAGCUGGUCAUCAAUGAUGCAAGGGCUGAGCUAGAACACAGAGAAAAGCAGUAUGAUGUGAUUGUAGGUGACCUGGCAGACCCAAUAGAAGGAGGCCCUUGUUAUAAACUCUAUACCAAAUCUUUUUAUGAGUUAAUUGUCAAGCCUAGACUCACCCCAGAUGGUAUUUUUGUCACACAAGCUGGUCCAGCUGGGAUUUUUAGCCAUACAGAAGUGUUCUCUUGCAUCUACAAUACUUUAAGACAAGUUUUCAAAUAUGUUGUGCCCUACUCAGCUCAUAUUCCUUCCUAUGCUGAUACUUGGGGUUGGGUCAUGGCUUCGGAUAAGCCUUUUGUGCUUAGUGCUGAUGAUUUGGACAUAAGAAUCAAGCAGAGGAUCAAAGGAGAGAAUAGAUAUUUUGAUGGAAAAACAUUUUCUUCUGCAUCUACUUUAAGCAAAGCUGUUCGAAAAUCGCUUUUCAACGAGACUCAUAUUUACACUGAAGGAUCAGCUAAGUUCAUAUAUGGCUAUGGAAGUGCUGGAAAAUAGAGAAGUGUAGAGACUUUCCUUCUCAAAAAUCCAAAAAAAAAAAACAAAAGGCAUAGAGAAAAAAACAAAGAGUACUAAGUAUUGUGGUGACUGGUGAGACAAAAGCUUGUCUAUUUCCUUCUAGUUUCUAUAUGUAUUUCCUUUUUUUAUUUUCUUUCUUCUUUUGUUUGUGUAGUUAUAACUUCAAAGUUAUGAAAAGAAAAUGGUUGUGCAA